GUCUGCGUUUUCAAUAAAACCUAGAAAUAUAUGCAUUUAUUGUUUGGUGUGAAAUUUAGAAAUGCAAAUAUUUAGCUGAAUAAUGCUUUAUUUUGGAAAAUAAAUCACAGAAAUUAGUUUUGCUUUAUGGCAUCUACCAGGGAGCUUACCCAGGGGUCUUCGCACCACACUUUCCAAGAUGGCUGCCUCCGUCACAGGUUUACUAAAACCUUGGACACCAAGGGUACUCCUGGUGAGAUGGAGCAGGUACAACCCUUACUACCUGGAGCCUGAGCCUAGGAAAGAGGUGUACCACAUCCCAGAGACUGAGCUCACACCUGAGCAGAAAGAGGAGAGGGAGCUGAAAUCUGUCAGGCCCAUAAAGGCAGCCACCAACUCUGUUACCAGCUCUGUUUUCAACGACCCUGUGCUGAGCAAGUUUGUCAACAUGAUGAUGAAAGAUGGUGACAAGAUUAUUGCCAAAGGUAUCAUCACACAGACAUUGGAGAACAUGAAGAGAAAACAGGUGGAGAAGUACCACAAAGCCCCCGAGGGAAAGAAGGCAGAGAUUGAGUGUAAUCCAUACGCCAUCUUCCACCAGGCUCUGGAGAAUUGCAAGCCUGUCAUUGGCCUGGCUAGCAUUCAGAAAGGGGGCAAGUUCUAUCAGGUGCCCAUACCUCUGACAGACAACAGGCGGCGCUUCCUGGCCAUGAAGUGGAUGAUCACAGAGUGCCGGGACAACAAGCACAGACGCACACUAAUGUACGAAAAACUAUCUCAGGAACUGCUGGCAGCCUUCUCAAAGGAGGGCAACGUGGUCAAACGGAAACACGAACUGCACAAGAUGGCUGAAUCCAACAGAGCCUAUGCCCACUAUCGCUGGUGGUAGUCGACUUUGAAGUCUUGAGUGUAGCAUUCAAAAUGGGACCUUUUGGACUGGAAGGAAUUCAAUCCAUUGUCCCUUUGGUCAAACUUGAGGUGGAAUUCCUUGUUGGAAAAUAAAAACAUCAUGGACAUUUGUGCAACACAUCAUGGGAGAUAGCCUGUCAAUGCCCUACAUUGAAGACAAUGUAAAUAUAAAUCUCUUGGACUCUUGUGAAAUAUUUGGAAUGGUGUGAAUCCAAGUAUACUGACCACAAACACAGUUACUGUAAAUGUGGCUUAUUUUACUACCAUUGUAUUAUGGUUCAAUAAAGAAUGAUUGUGAAAACAUUACAAAUGACAUGAUCACAUACUGUAUUUAGAAUAUAGGUGUAAUCAGUGACAUCUUCAAAUAAAUAAAAGCUUAGGUAAAACCCAGGUCGAUUU